ACAGUGCAGUGUUUCACCGGUAGAUGGCACUACCGGAUUGUACGUGACACACACUUACGUCAUCACACCGCGACGCUUCAUGCGGAUGCUGUGCGUUGCUGAAGGACACUGUAUGAUAAUUUUUCUGUUUGGAGCAGGUUGAGGUUCUCAUGGUGAAAUGUCGGUGGCGUCUCUAUGUCAUGCUCUCAGAGCAUUUUCUCUCAGCUCCAGAGUUCUUUCAUCUCCGUUGUGCCCCCCCCUUGCUGUGAGAGGUGUAGUGGGUGCAGCCACCCUGUUAAGACCACACCCUAUUCGCUUCUUUACCACCACCAUGCCCCGACCCCAAAACAGGACACAUUGGAAACAGACGGAAAAAUACACCAUCCGGCCAAUUGGAGUCAAGAAGACUGGAGGGAGGGACUACACAGGGAAGAUUGUGAGGCAGGGCAUCGGAGGGGGCCACAAGCAGAGGUACAGGAUGAUUGACUUUCAGCGCCUGCAUUUCGAACUAGGGAAAGAGAAGGGCACUCAAUUCGAGGAGAGAGUCAUUGAAGUGCGAUACGAUCCCUGCAGGUCAGGUGAUAUUGCCCUGGUUGCUGGGGGAAACCGUAAGCGUUGGAUCAUCGCCACAGAGAACAUGAAGGUCGGUGACCUGAUUAAAAGCUCGUCUGUGAUUGGUCGGAUGGCUGUGUUGGCAAACGAGGGUGACGCCCACCCACUAGGAGCACUUCCUGUAGGAACUCUGAUCAAUAACCUGGAGCUCCACCCGGGGAAAGGAGCACAGUACAUCCGUGCAGCAGGGACAUGUGGUGUUCUCCUUCGUAAAGUGAACGGAACUGCAAUUAUUCAGUUGCCUUCAAAACAGCAGAUUCAGGUGUGUGAGACAUGUGUGGCGACAGUGGGCCGUGUGUCAAAUGUAGACCAUAAUAAGCGAAUAAUAGGGAAGGCAGGAAGAAACCGCUGGCUUGGAAUUAGACCGUCCAGUGGACUGUGGAAGAGAAAGGGUGGAUGGGCAGGGCGUAAGAUCAGACCCCUCCCCCCACUGAAGAGUUAUGUCAACCUGCCUUCUGUCUCUGUACAGCCAUGAUACACACAAUUGUGAGAGUGAGUGUGAGAGCAAGCAAGUGUAUUAUAAACAGAACAUGUUAAAGUGUAAAAUAAAUAAAUAGAUAAAUUUAUAAUUCUGCAUUGUUGGUUAUAAAUCAGUAAAUGUGAGUGUUGAUCAUGUGAUCAGUAAAUGUGUGAGUACUGAACGUGUGAUCAGUAAAUGUGUGAGUACUGAACGUGUGAUCAGUAAACGUGAGUAAUGAUCAUGUGAUCAAUAAAUGUGUGUUGAUCAUGUAAUCAGUAAACGUGUGUGGUGAUCAUGUGAUCAUGUACUAAUGGAUCUGACCCAACGUCAGCUUUUAUACAAAUGUGUGAGUCUCAAGAUUUCGAUUACAUAAAUCUCCACUUCAUCUGAA